AUAUGGUUGCUGUACCAGAUUUUGCUGCUGGUGCAAUGGAAAAUUGGGGUCUUAUGAUAUAUCGAGAGGCGACAAUGUUAUGGGAUCCAAACUAUGGCACAGCAGCAACACAACAAAAGGUGGCAACUGUGAUUUCACAUGAAAUUGCUCAUCAG